AUGGAUAACUGGGGAGCAGUUUUAGUAUCAUUUGGAGUGUUAAUUGGUAUUGGUCUUCUAUGCGUGUGUAUUGUACUUACUUGUGAACAUUGUGAAAGGUCAUCGUAUGAACCUAGCAGAAGAAGAUACUCAUCAUCUUCAUCAGGAAUUUCUGUAGAAACUGCAGCACAGAUUUUAGCAGUGCAGCAUUAUCAAAAACAGCAAGCUAAAGAUAUUAUAAUGAUGACAAAGGAAUUAAUUGAUCUUCAAGAUACUUUAAACUCCAAAGAGUUACAAGCUGUAUUGAAUGUUCUGUUUGUUUUAAUACAGCAUUUAGAAGAGUUACAAAGAACUGUGGAUGGACUUAGACUUCUUGAUGCAGUUAGAAAUUUUUUGGUUGAAAUUCACCAAGAAGUGAAGAAAGCAUUAAGUGUAAGGAGAAGGAUAAGCGUUGCAAUUAUUGAAAGAAAUGGAAACCAAAUUAGAGGUAUUUUGGCCCAAAUCGAAGCAUAA